AUGGCAGGAUUCACUAUGAGCUUGAAUCUACUUCUCCUAGUAGCCAUGGUAGCCACCAACAUCCUCUCCCUCUACCACCUCUCCUCCACCACAAACUUCUUCCAAUCCACCCUCAAAUCCUCCCCCUCCUCCGUCCCCACAGUCCCCGACCACCUCCUCCGUCAACUCCACACAAUCCGCUCCGCCAUCAACCACCUCACUAACCACCACCACCAACAACCAGACAAAUCAACCUCCUCCUCGAAAGAUCUCCUCCUCUACUCAAAACUCUCCCCCAUAGCUUCCUCUUGCCACAACCACCCUGACCUCCUCCACCACUACAUGAACUACACUCCUUUCUCCCUCUGCCCCUCAGACUCCGAUCUCGUCGAGAAACUCAUCCUCCGCGGCUGCCACCCUCUCCCUCGCCGCCGUUGCUUCUCCCGCACGCCUCCUAAAGACUCCAGCGUCAUCUGGUCUCACUUCUCCUGCAAGAACUUCGAUUGCUUGGCCGCCAAGUUUCCCGGUUUAGGUUUCGAUCUCUCUGUUGACAAAUCCGUGUCUCAGUUCUCUUCUUACAAAACCGAGCUCGAUCUCCCCAUCACGCAGCUUCUCAAGAUCGCUAAAUCCGCCAACUCCGUCCUCCGCCUCGGGAUCGACGUCGGCGGAGGGACGGGAGCCUUCGCGGCGGCGAUGAAGGCGAGGAACGUUACUGUUGUGACGACGACGAUGAACUUCAACGCGCCGUAUAGCGAGGCGGUGGCGUUGAGGGGGCUUGUGCCGUUGCAUGUGCCUCUUCAGCAGAGGAUGCCGGUUUUUGAUGGGGUGGUGGAUUUGGUUAGGUGUGGGAGGGCUGUGAACCGGUGGAUUCCGGUUACGGUUAUGGAGUUUUUGUUGUUUGAUUUGGAUAGGGUGCUUAGGGGUGGCGGUUAUCUUUGGUUGGAUAGGUUUUUUAGUAAGAAGGUUGAUCUUGAGAAUGUUUAUGGGCCGAUGAUUGGGAAGUUGGGGUAUAAGAAGGUGAAGUGGGCUGUGGCGAGUAAGGUUGAUUCUAAGCAUGGUGAAGUUUUCUUGACGGCGCUGCUUCAGAAACCUGUUUCAAGAUGA